AUUCACAUGAGGGAUUUCCAUCUCAAUGUGUGUUACCUUUGCAGCCAAUUAGGAUGCUGCAGACCAUCAGAGGCCAACACAUGAGGCAGCUAUCCAUGAGGCAACUAAAAUAAUUACACUUGGAAUUAUGUUGUCAAUAACGUUAGUAAGAAGAAAACAGCGGUAAGCAAGGUCUGCAGCUCAAAAUCAGUGACACAACCAACAUCCCACUUCAUCCAUCACUGUAAAACCCACAAAGAAAGGAUAAACAUUCGCAGCAUCAUACAGAGUAGAUUCCAGCCCUACGAAUGAAUGUCCGACAGCGAAUGUGCUGGAGUCAGCAGGAUGGCAUCUUUGACUGUGGCGAGGAGCCAGAGCAUUUAAGCCUGCAGCACCUCUACAUAUUGUUCUGUCUGCCACACAACAAAACCAGGGCCUCCGCUGCAAAAUACAGCCAAGAGCAACACUGCUGAGCUGCAGUCAGAAGAGGCAGGUCAGGGGGCUGCUGGUGUACAAGUCAGUCAGUCACGCAAACAUUUCUUUGCUUACAUUCAGGUUGGAUUCGUUGGUUUUGAGAUACAUGUUGAAAAAUGACCAGCAACGAGGAGGCCAGACCGUUUGGUACCAUGACAACAGCUGCCCCAGAGGACACCCAGGGUGAUGAUAUGAAGUCCAGACAGGAACAAGAGGAGAAACUGAUCCUCACAGCCUGGCAAAGCAUGUCCUCAGCUCUGCAGCAGCACAGUUUGUGCAAAGACUCCAGACCUCCAGGCCUGACUCAGUCUUUCCUGGCCAAGCAGAGGCAGUCCACCCAGGCCAGGAGGGUGCUCUCCCCCCAGCUGCAGCCCAGGUAGGAGCCUCCAUCUGCAGGGACAAAUGGAGGAGUACAGCCCACUCACAGGCGUGAUGGAAAGCAAGAUAGAGGAAGAAGGUGCUUAUUUUCUGUCUUUUUUCCCCCCAUGAAAUCACUGUCUGUGCUCUAUUUGGUUUGCUGCUAUCGCCCCCUGCUGGUCAAUGCUGGAACUGGAGUUAUAUUUAGGACGAUGUAAAAACAAAAUAGCUAAUGUUAUAAAUUACUGUCUUUAGCUGUUUUAUACCUAAAUGUGCUUGUCAAUAAUCACCAGAUUGUCUGCUCCAUUCAUCAUUGUAUAAUAUUUAUACAUUUAUUUUUGUAGAUAAGAUACAAUUUCCUUUAGAAAUGAUGCAAAACAUAUUAAUUUUGUCAUUAAUGUAAAACAGUUGUGUAUUCUCAUUCAUUUCAUUCAAAGUUUGUUUAAAUAAAGUCUGAAAAUAUGACAGAUAAUGCAUUAGAAAUCAAUCUAUUUACAGGGAUAUUUUAGUAAUCAAAGAAAAUAAAGUCAAC